AUGGUGUUGGUAGGACAGACUGUGGUGGCCCAGCCUGUGCAUGUGCAGCAGCUGCUGAAGCUCAAGCAGCAUGCCGUGCAGCAGCAGAAGGCCAUCCAGCCACAAGCUGGCAGUCAUAUCAAUGCAUUCAACUCAUUUAUUCAACAGAUAUUUAUUAGGCUUCAUCUAGGGAUUAGGGACCUUAAGGAAGAAAUGAAAAGAUUGCAGAAUCCUUUAGAACAAGUUAAUGAUGGAAAAUAUUUACUUGAAAAUCACCAGUUGGCCAUGGAUAUGGAGAAUAAUAUUGAAAACUAUCACCUCAAUCUACAGCCCUUGGAAUCAAAAGUGAAAAUCAUUCAGCGAGCGUGGCGUGAGUACCUGCAGCGGCAGGACCCCCUGGAGAAGAGGUGCCCGUCCCCGCCCUCCGUGUCCUCGGACAAGCUGAGCAGCUCCGUCAGCAUGAACACCUUCUCCGACAGCAGCACACCCGUGAGUGCCAUUUUCCUUUCCGUGGUCUGA